AUGACAGAGAACAACUCGAUACAUAGUGAGAGCGCUGCCUUCAACCAGGCAGCCCAAACCCAGGUGGAAGACAAAAACUUGACAAAUUGGCAAACUGUGAAAAAGUAUCCAUUUGCAGUCUACUGUUGUUUUGUUGUUAUCUGGAUGUUUAUCCUGUGCUCGUUCGAGAACCAAGCUGGUGGAAUCGUGGUAUCGAUUCCCGAGUUCAGAAAGAAUUUCGGUCAUCCCUAUACAACUUCUACUGGAGAAACUAGUUACGUUAUUGAAGCCAGCUGGCAGUCAGCAUUCAGUGGAGUUCCAAUUGCUGCAGGAAUCAUUGGCCAGAAUGUUGGUUCGCUUCUGGCUGAUAGGGUUGGUAAGAAAUGGUUACUGUUUGCUCACGUGCUAUUUUCUGUUGCGUUUGUUGGCUUAGAAUUUGCUGCAACUAACGUGCAAAUGUUUCUUGCUGGUAAAACUUUGAACGGAUACUGUGUGAGUUUGAUUCAAGCUGUCGGUGUUACGUAUGUUGCGGAAAUCGCUCCAUUGCGUCUUCGCGGGUUGAUCGUUUCGAUCUGCAAUGUGUCUUUCUCCAUUGGUCCCCUCAUUUGCUUCAUCAUUAACUACUCCAUUUCUGAGAGAAGUACUUCCUGGGCGUAUAAAGCAGUGUUUGCUUCUCAAUGGGGAUUUGCAGCUGUCACGCUUCCACUGGUGAUCUUCCUUCCAGAAUCACCUUGGUUCUAUGCGCUCAAAGGCCGUGUGGACAAAACUGAAGAAUGCUACAGAAAGCUACUGAGGGAUCCUGUGGCUGCACAUGAGCAGGCAAUAGUUGCACAUGUAACCGUUCAACAGAAUGCGGAGCUCGAACGCAGCUCCUCCUAUAUUGACUGCUUCAGGGGCAGAGACUUAUGGAGAACCAUUAUAUCUGUGGUACCGAUGGUGAUUCAACCUAUGUCUGGAGUAUACUUUACAAUCAAUUAUACGACAUAUUUUUUUGAGCUGGCAGGAUACGAUACUCCAUCGUCAUUCAGACUCACCGUGGGAUCCCAGUGUCUAUCUAUAGGUGGAAACAUUGCUGCUUGGUUCGUUGUCGACAGGUUCGGCAGAAGGGCUAAUCUGCUCUGGGGAAUUGUAUUGAUUUCUGUGACUGAUUUCAUCAUUGGAGGAGCCGGUUGUAGCAGUAAUCCAAAGGCUGUAACUACAACUGUUGCUUUUAUGGUUCUUUACGGAUUUUGUUACAACUUGGGUGUUGGAGCGGUUGCAUACCCAAUUGCUUCAGAGAAUGCACGUUCCAGCUUGAGAAACAAAACUGUCGCCCUCUCUUUUUCUAUAAGUGGUGCUGUCGGUAUGAUGUGGUCAUUUGUUCUACCCUAUAUCUUCAAUCCCGAUCAGGCCAAUCUGGGACCAAAGACUAUGUUCAUAUUUGCUGGAAUCUCGACUUUGUUUACAAUUUACGUUUACUAUUUCCAGACGGAAACUGCAAACAGGUCUUUCGAAGAAAUUGAUGAGAUGUACAACAACAAGGUUCCUUUCAGAAAGUUCAAAGGGUACCAGACAGAAAUCUCGAAGGUAGGAAACGAGCAGAUUGAUGUGGGACGUGACGAAAAGGCACAGGAGGCACAGCACUUGGAGACUGUCGAGACAGCAGACUCAGAUUGA